GGACAGCCAGGCGAUGAGUGGGUGGAGUGAACCAUCUUCACUUUAAAACAUCUUUGAUAAGUCCCCACAAUGCACCGCGGCCCCUUUCUCCUUCCUCUUUCCGCCAUAUUGCAGGACCGGCAUCAUGGUGCGCAUGAACGUUCUGGCAGAUGCUCUGAAAAGCAUCAACAAUGCUGAAAAGCGUGGGAAACGCCAGGUCCUCAUCAGGCCCUGCUCCAAGGUUAUUGUGCGAUUCCUAACCGUAAUGAUGAAACAUGGAUACAUUGGAGAGUUUGAGAUUAUUGAUGACCACAGAGCCGGAAAAAUUGUCGUCAAUCUCACAGGGAGGUUGAACAAGUGUGGUGUGAUUAGUCCACGUUUCGAUCUCCAGCUCAAGGAUCUGGAGAAGUGGCAGAACAACCUGUUGCCCUCAAGACAGUUCGGAUACAUUGUGCUGACCACUUCCGCUGGCAUCAUGGACCAUGAAGAGGCCAGACGGAAACACACAGGAGGCAAAAUCCUUGGAUUCUUUUUCUAAAAUGUAAACUGCAAAUAAAAGCAACCAUGAGGAAA